AUGUCAUCAAAUCCGUAUCAGCUGCCAGCGGUUGAAAUGCGCCAAGUCACGCCCUCUCUCCCGAGCAGCUCACAUCACGAGCUCAAGAAGACUAUGACCCAAGCUACCCUGGAGCUCAAGAUAGUCGAUAAUACCAUCAAACACCCAAAGCUCAAUAUCGCUAGUUCAUUCUUAAUUCAGUCAAUAACGACGCCUAUCGCUCCUACGAUUCGACCGUGCACUGAUCCUCCGGCUAAGGAAACAUGCCGAGUAUUCUUGGAAGCAGUCAACACUGCGACUAUCCGCGUUUGCCAGGUCGGCGAGGACGAGCAGCCACGCGCCAUCGAUACCGCCUCUUGUGCCACAAUGCCACGAGACAAAGACGGUAUCCAGGGCCACUGUCGCCGCUGGACCUAUGUUAUGCUUGCGUGCGAAGACGAAUCGAAACACACGGCGGGCAGAUGCUGCUGGCGGUACCACGCUAUCUCCGCGUCACAGACGAUGCUUCAGGUCUGGGAGACUUACCUACCGCUGCGGCGCUGCAGGAUGCUUCUAGCUGCCGGGACCACAUGCAAAGUGCGAAACGCGCCUACACAGGCGAGAUUAGUCACGGCAUGGGCAACGGGACUACAAGGCAGCAUGCUUGCUAAAUGUCAUCUCAUGGCAUGCAUUUUUCGACCAGACCUGUCGCACACCUUUCGCCCUCCAGGGUUCGCACCGAUGAUUACACUCUGCUAUGCUAGACUAGCUUGCGGUCGAGGCCCCGCGGACAAUGUUCUUAGUCGUCCCACCAUCGCCAAACCUACACUUGGUGUCAUCCUGCGCUGA